GAGGGUCCAUUAAUUUAUAAAUAGCUCUAGAAGCAUUCAUAUUAAACACUCAAAUAAAUUUCUUCUUUUCUCAAAAAAUUUCAUUGAGGACUCAUUUCUCUUUCACCGUGUACCGUCUUUUCAUUUUUAUUUACAAUCAAAAUAUUGUCUAAAUUCCCUAACUCUAUCUUUAGAUGCUUGAUGCUAUGAUGAAUGAAUGAGAGCAUCCUUCUCUGUUUCAGAUUUACUUGCUUCUCAAAGCCAAGACCCUGCUUCAAAUCUGUCAUUGAAAUUCUAUUUAGACUAUCUAUAGAAAAACAAGGAUAUAUUGCUUUUGUGUUCUAUUAGUCUUAGAUUGUGUAAGAAUCUCAUCUCCAUUGUGAUCAGUACUGGCCUAAUUUGAAGCAGAAGGAACAUUGGUUUGCUAUAGACCGUCUCUUCCAUUAGCCCUGUCUUUCGAUUUAUAACCUGAGGCUGGAAUGAAUUUUAAUAAGCUUUAAAAUUUUACUUAGGACUAAACCUGUAUCUCUAGAGUGAUUUUCAAUUCAUACUUAGUUAUUUCUAAAAAAAUUAUCUCCUUUACAUUGCAGUGAAGAGCAGAUAAAGAUUUUAAAGCUUGAUUUUUAUAGCAUAUUAUAUACCAGAAGUAAAACAUUACUCUAAAGCCAAUGAAUUUUAAUAAAAUCUUAACUCACAAAUGAUGAUCUGUGUUAAAGAACAAAAUAAGAUGGGAGUUUUAAUUAUAAAGAAUUCAGGUAUAUCUUUCCCAUGCUGGAAGCAAACUCUGGUUUCACCAUGAAUAUCAUCGAGAAUAGAUUCUUAAGUGCAUUGAUGCAUUACAGUAGAGUACAUAUCUUACAAUCAUUACGAUGAUCAAUGGUAAGCUGAUUUGAUAGGUGACAAUCUGGUGUUUUACCAAUAUUAUGAUUUCUCCCACUACGGAUUUAUUGUUGGCAAUACACAACUCUACCUCUCUGAUCUAGUUGAUGUAUUUACCGAAUAUGCAGAACAAAGAAACAGUUAAAUACUGAAGGCACCAAAAUAUGGACAUUUUUGAUCUUUUAUAUUUAA